AUGAAAUUUUCUAGUAAAUCCCCAACAAAAACUGUUAAAUAACAAACAUCUGUUUCACCUAACCAAGUAUAAAAAAAAGUAACCCAUAAUUACGUUGAGAAGACACUUGUAAAUAAGGAAGUUGAGUAUUGGAAGUUUAAAUAUCUGGAGCUAGAACAAUUCUGUUAGGGAAAAUAAUCUUAUGAAAAAUUAGAAAAUGAGUUGUAAAUCUGGAAAUCUAAAUAUUAACAAUUAACUCUCAGAGUAAAUAUUAAAUAUUUUAAAGGCAAGAGUAGCAAAAGGUUCAGAGUUAAUUAUCUAGGAAUAUCAAAGUAGGAUAUAAGAAUUGAAUUAAUAAUGUAAUGGCAAUAAUUACAAUUCGAACAUUACAUUUAGUCCAUCUAAGCGGUCUGAACAACCAAAAUAAAAUGAAUUACAAAAUAAGAUCGAUCAAUAGCAGAAUGAGAUAAGAUAAUUAUAAAUUUAGAUAGAAGAAUUAAAGUAAUAAUCAAAAUAGCAUACAAAACGUGACAUAAUUACUACAACCAAUAACAGCAAUUACCAAUCUUAAAAUAUGUUUGCUAAUUCUUCUUCCUUAAAUUAAUAGUAUAUUCAAUAAAAUAUGAGACUUGAAUUAGAAUUAAAAAAUAUUGAGUAAGAAAAUUAGAGUCUAUAAGAAUAAAUAUAGUUCUACUAGCAUAAUUUAGACAAUUAAUAAAAAAUUAUAGAUUAAUAAAAAUUGCAGAUUAAUUAAUUAGAACAAAAUUUAGCAUCUGAAAAAUUGAAAUAGCUGAAGUUAAUGGAUUAAAAUGCAAUAAAUCUAAGGGAAUAAGAAAUUAAAAAAUAUCAAGGUACUGUAAUCAUUUAGUUUAGAGGAAAUAUUCAUUUUAAGUUCAAAAUUAAGAGAUUGUGAAAAAUUAAAAAGGCAAGAACUUAAUUAAAAGGAUGAGCACUACUAAGAAAUAAUAUCUUAAUUGAAGUUGCAAAUUCAUAAUUAAAUUUAAAGUGGAGAAAUGAGAUUAAGUACUCUUCAAGUACAAAUUAUAAUUUUAUAAUAGAAUAUACUGCAAGAUAAAUAACUCAAUUCGUCUUUUGGUAGAUUAAAUAAUGAUUUCUACUAAUAAUAAAAUACUAAUUAGUCAGAUAAAGUAAUUGUAAGACUUGAUUCGGAAAUGAAAAAUUUAAAGUCUCUUAUAAAUGAAGAUAAUCAUAAACAAAGAUUUUUCUGA